AUGUCGACGACCGCGGACCUCGCCGCCCGCGUGGACAAGCUGGAGGUGGCGCAGCAGCAGCAGGACGCGCGCGUGGAGGCGCUGGAGUCGAAGGUGGCGGCCGCCAAGCCCGCGCGCGAGACCUUCUACCUCACGACGGCCAUCCACUACACGAACGGCCUGCCGCACAUGGGCCACGCCUACGAGAACGUGUGCUCGGACGUCAUCAGCCGCUACCACCGCGUGUUCGGCCGCGACGUGUACUUCCUCACGGGCACGGACGAGCACGGCCAGAAGAUCGCGCAGACGGCCGAGGCCGCGGGCGUCACGCCCCAGCAGCUCGUGGACAAGUACGCCGGCAUCUUCCAGCAGCUCACCAAGGAUCUCAACAUGAGCAACAACAACUUCAUCCGCACCACGAGCGACGUGCACAAGAAGUUCGCCCAGUGGCUCUUCCAGCGCGCGCUGGACAAGGGCGACGUCUACCUCGGCAAGUACGAGGGAUGGUACAACGUGCGCGAGGAGACCUUCGUCACGGAGACGGAGGCCCAGCUCACGAACUACAAGGACCCCACCACGGGCACGCCCUUCAAGAAGAUGCAGGAGGAGUCGUACUUCUUCAAGAUGUCCAAGUACCAGGACCGCCUGGUCAAGCACAUCGAGGAGAACCCCGAGUUCCUGCAGCCCGAGGUGCGUCGCCAGGAGCUGCUGCGUCGCCUCAAGGAGCCGCUGCAGGAUCUGUCGGCCUCGCGCAACACCUUCACGCACGGCAUCCCGCUGCUCAACGACCCCAAGCACGUGCUGUACGUCUGGUUCGACGCGCUGGCCAACUACCUGUCGGCCAUCGGCUACCCGGACGGCGAGAACUCGCGCUACUGGCCCGCCAACGUGCACAUCAUCGGCAAGGACAUCACGUGGUUCCACUGCGUCAUCUGGCCCUGCAUCCUGAUGAGCACGGAGAUCCCGCUGCCCAAGCGCGUGUUCGCGCACGGCUUCGUGAACGCCAAGGACGGCUCCAAGAUGAGCAAGAGCGUGGGCAACGUCGUUGACCCGUACGAGAUGAUUGGCAAGUACGGUAUCGAAUCGUUCCGCUAUUUCAUCGUGCGCUCGGCCAAGUUCGGCCAGGACAUGCCCUUCUCCGAGGACGACCUCAUCAACAUCCACAACUCGGAGCUGGCGGACACCCUGGGCAACCUUGUGCACCGCACUGUCAACAUCUGUAAGAAGUACUCGAACGGUGUUGUGCCCGACGUCAAGGCGGACAAGCCGUUCGACAUCUACGAGCUGCUCAAGGAGUCGGAGGACUCGUACAAGGACUUUGCCCUGCAGAACGCCUGCCUGGCCAUCGUCAACGCGCUCAAGGAAACCAACAAGUACCUGACGGACAAGGCUCCGUGGCACAUCAAAGAGAGCGAGCCGCGCCUUGUGGUUGUGCGCACCUGUCUGGAGGCCAUCUACGUGCUGGCUCACUACCUGAGCGCCAUCAUCCCCGAGACGGCCAAGAUCAUUUUCCAGAAGCUCGGCACGGCCCCGACGACGCUGACGGCGCUGUCCCCGGAGUACGACAAUCUGAAGCCAGGCACUGAGGUGUCGAUCGGCGACAUCCUGUUCAACAAGGUCCUGACCGAGGAGGAGAAGCAGAAGCAGAGUGAGGCGGCCGCUGCCAAGGCCAAGCCCGCGAAGGCCAAGCCUGAGAAGGUCGCGACGCCGCUCUUCGCCUCGCUGGACAUCCGCGUCGGCGUGAUCUCCAAGGUGUGGAAGCACCCGGAGUCGGAGAAGCUGUACUGCGAGGAGAUUGACAUCGGUGAGGAGGAGCCCAAGCAGAUUGCCUCGGGCCUGCAGCCGUUCUACUCGCUGGAGGAGAUGCAGAACCGCAAGGUGCUGGUGCUGCUGAACCUCAAGCCGGCCAAGCUGGGCGGCUUCAAGUCGCACGGCAUGGUGCUGUGCGCGUGCGACGAGGCCCACGAGAACGUGCAGUUCGUGGAGCCCCCCGCCGACGCCAAGGUGGGCGAGCGCGUGACGGUCAAGAAGCAGAAGGUGCUGGAGAAGGUCUCGCCGGACUUCCUCACCGACGACAAGUGCGUGGCGACGUACAAGGGCGAGCCGAUCAUGACAUCCGCCGGCCCGUGCACCGCCAAGUCGCUGGUGAAGGCGUUUAUUAGCUAG